AUCUUUGAGCUCGUGGAGUAGACAUCAUGAGCAGAGCUCACCCUCCCGAGUUGAAGAAAUUUAUGGACAAGAAGUUAUCAUUGAAAUUAAAUGGUGGCAGACAUGUCCAAGGAAUAUUAAGGGGAUUUGAUCUCUUUAUGAAUCUUGUGAUAGAUGAAUGUGUGGAGAUAGCAACUAGUGGGCAACAGAACAAUACUGGAAUGGUGGUAAUAUGA